AUGGGUGUUUUCCCAGCCUCAAGCCCCAGCUGGGAUGACUUAGCUGGCAGAAAAGACACCUGCUUCUGCCAUGAGUCUGUCACCAAAAUUGGCAUUCUGUACCCCAGCAUGAAAGCUAUAGCUAGGAGGACGGAGAAAGAAGACAAAUUUGAAGAAUGUGUAGUAAUUAGUCCGUCUAUUCUCCCCCCAGAAGGAGCUUCAGAAAUUGAAAUAAAGACUCAGCAGCUUCAGGCACUUCUGGAAAACCCUGAAAGUCAUAUGAUCCAGGAAUUAUUAAGAAAAGUUAACAGAGAGAUAACACUGUCAGAAAAAUCCAAGGAGCAGCGUACUCUCCCCACAGACCUUUGGAAACACUAAGUCAUGAAAGAAAACUUUUCACUUAUCAAACCACAAAUAGUUGAAAAUUUUAUGCAGAGAUUAAUGGAGAAUUACCAGGAUGGAGGCCCUCGAAUCACUUUCAGGACAGACCACCUCGAAGCCUGCCUGCUUUCCCUGGGUUGUGAUGUGAUGGCCAGAGAACGCAGCAGCUUUGAGAGCUACUCCGUGUGCUAUGAGCAUCUGUCGGAGCAUGUGAGGCAGAAGCUUCGUCAGAAGGAGCAGGAACUGGAUAUUUUACGAAGCGGUCAGAGUCCACCAGAAGACAAUGCAGGCUGGGCUGCAGAGCUCGGGCACAACGUGAUCGUGGAAAUCACGGCUCUGACAGCCCGCCUCGCGGAUUUGGGAGAGGAGCAUCUUAAUCUCGAAAAGCACAUCAGAGAAGAAGUGCAAGAAGAAUAGGAAGAUUUAGUCAAAACUUUGUUUCCGGCGUGUUUGCACAGGAAAGAGAAGCUGGAUGAGAAUCAGCUUAAUUUGAUCCAGAAAGUGAGUGAGCUCAUCAGCGAAGUGAGAGCAGAAUGGAUGGAUCAUGUGAAGGACCUAAAGAAAAAAUGGGGCUCUGCCAGGCCUGAUGCAGGAAUGAAAGAAAACGCAGCCAAAGAGCAGCUGUGGGCCUUGGAGCAGGAGCACUGCGGCCUGGCCGCCCUGGUGUGCCGAGUGAGGGGCUGGGGCCGCUGCAGGCUGGCUGGGCAGCAGGCUCCAUUCUGGGGCCAGCUGAGCAGGGCCCAGAAGCUCUACCCCGGCCCUAACGGAGGUCCCCCAGCCUCUAGCUCCCUGCUCUGUGCUAAGAAACUACCUUUCUCGUGUCCUUUGUCCUUUCCCUGCCACGGGCUCAUCGCGGAAAGAGUUAGGACACAAGUGGACCAGGAAGCUCUCCACCGGCAGCAGCUGGAUUCACCGAAAACCUGCCGCAUGGAGAAGCUCUUGGAAGCUGUGGAGCAAAAGGAGCAGCACCUGCAGCUGCUCCCCGAAGAGGCCGAGCGGGCUGCCCAGCGGGGCCAGCUCCAGAGGGAGAAAACUCAGAGAGAACUGUGA